CCGUUUGAUCUUUCGCUGCGCGAUCGCUGAUCAUUGUGCAAUUCUGCGUGAUCGAUACAGUUAAGAGUUGUUGUGUUUUCGCGAAUUCCACAAAAAGCGACUAAUAAAACGCCAAAAAAAAAACACUUUUGGUGGGUUCAAGUGGGUGAGAAACUAAGUGAUCAUUUUCGCUAAAGACAGCACUAAAAUCUUCCUUGUGUGGUGUUUUCACGAAAAACGCGCGAGCAUUUGCGUGUGGAAAUAUUCCAUGCUGGCGUAGAGACACUCGCAUUUUGGUGCCUUAAUUGCUUACUCCAAUAAAUCCAUUACGAAUGAGCGAGCAAGACUUAUUUCAGCGGAUUUCGGAUUAAUUACGUCGUCGAUUUUUCCUGUACAGCAAAACUGAUGAUGGAUAUCUGACACGUUUUCUCCAUUGGCCACAUUACGACCGCAACGAGAGGAAGAGUCAUCAUCUUCCAGAGUCCACAAUGGAGAUGCAUUCUUCGCUCAAGUCACCAUCCAGGCCCCCUCCGGAUGACUCACUGGCCGCAUCGCGAGUGCUCUACGUAUGCCAGGACGCCGAGGAGAACGGCACCUCGUCCACGGACAGCGCGGACGAGAUUCCCGUGUGGGUGCGAGGCGAGCAGCGCUGGAUCUCGGGCGUGACUGACCACACCACGGCCUCUGACCUCGUGGACGCGCUUCUGCACGACGAGGGCAUCGCCAGCCGCGGCAAGGACUACGUGAUCACGGAGCGCUGGCGCAGGGUGGAGCAAAUCCUGGACAGCCGCACGCGAAUCCUCAAGAUUUGGUCAGCGUGGGGUGAGGCGCAGGCAGAGGUGAAGCUGACGCUGCGACGCGUGGAGCGGCACCAGCGGCGCAGUCCCAGCGUGGAGAACUGCGACAGCGGCCGCGGGAGUCCCACAGGAAGCGCCAUCGUGCGCAGGAGGCGCCACAGGGCGGCCAAGUCCACAGCGGCAUGGAUCACGCACGCCCAGACGCCACAUCCGCGCACGCAGCGCGCCACCAUCGAGCGCCUCAUGAAACUCAUCCUGGAGCAGGGCGAGACCAUCCAGCAUCAGCUAUCGCGGCUCAGACAUCCUAUCUGCAGGGAGCGAGAGCUGGAGAUCUCCUACAUUGAGGAGGAGCGCCACAGGAUCCGCGAGCGCGAGCACGGGAAGAACUACCUGCUGGAGACGUACCUCAACGGUCUGCACGAGGCGGACGACAAGGAAGUCACCACGGGGAACAGCGACUCUGGCGUCCACACAGAAGACACAACAUCUCCGGCGGGCAUCUCCCCAAUCCUCGACGAUCAGGAGGAGUCUGGCCAGCUGGAGGAAGCCGGUGGCAGCAUGAAGCGCAAGAGCAGAUCGCAGAGGGAGACGAUGCUGUUGCGCGAGCACGAGACGGCAAAGGAGUUCAGCGCAGCAGCGGAGAAGAACAAGGAAGCACCAUCCAAAGAGCCCAGCGAAGUUCCCGACGACGUCACGGCGGAAAUAGAUCUCCUGGAGAAGAUGUACGUGCUCAACAAGCACUUGCAGCGCGAGGAGGAGCUCGUGGUGCGACUCAGCGCCAAAGUGAAGCGGUACGAGUCGGAGAAUCCAGCACUCAGCGAACACCAAAUCAUGGAGGCUCUGGAGAGAGUGAACGAGGAAAUUGCCCAGAAGAAUUCGGCGCUCGAGGCCACAGAUCGCGAACUGGAGGCGUCGAUGAGUGCCUUGCAGGACAAAUCGCAGGAACUGCAGGACAUCCAUGAGCAGCUGAAGGCAGCAGAAGUUGAGAGUCAAGGGCUGGAGGAGGUGCGCGCUAUCCCAGAGAAUAGCCUCAAUCUCAGUCGCGAGUACCUGGCGGAGAACAUCUACAACAUCAGCAAGAUCAUCCUGAAGAGCAACGCGAAGGACGACGUGGGCAACUACAUCCGCCACACGCCCGAGAGAGACGUCCUGCGGCCUCCGAUUCCCGUGGAUCACAUCCCUAAGGCGCCCGUGCACUUCACGACGGAAGUGCAGGUGCACCAGGCUGCAGCGAGUCCUCUGCCGCCGCAGCUUCCGCCGCCGCAGUUCAUAGACUUCACCACGCUGGACCUCAUCGCGUCCAUGAACAGGAUGCACCAGUGCAGCCAGAGGAACAUCAACAGCGUCGCCACGGCGGGCAAGAUUGCGCACAAGAAGAUGAUUGGCACCGAGGCGGACUCGAACUCAGACACAGGACUCUCUUCCCUGGGCGAGGACAUGACGCAACUGGGCACUCUUGUCUGAGACUCCGCCGAAGCACGCCCUUUCCCUGAACCUAAGAUGACCAAGGAAGAAAACACCGACACCAAGAAGUACACCCGAAAAUGUGAAAGUAAUUUUAUACGCAAUAAAU